AUGUGCAUCGAAAUCCACUACAUCUACAAGCACUGCGGCUGCAUCUCGCGAACCGGCCACUACACGUGCUUCUCGGCCACGCAAGCGCAGCACGAAUGGUCGCCGCUGUGUCCGCGGUUCAAGCGCACGACGCAGACGGCGCGGCUGGGCGAGAAGACGUGUCUUAAGCAUGUGGGACGCGUGUUGAGGGUUGUUACGCCGGAGGGGCUGGAGUUUGAGGAUGCGGAUGCGGAUGAGGAUGAUAAGGAGUUGGAGAAGAGGAUGGGGGUCCUGGUUUUGGGGGACGAGAAUGGGGAUGGGGAGAGGGUUGAGGGGGAGGAGGGUGCGGUUGCGGAUGCGGUUGCGGGUGUGGUUAGGGAUUUGGUGAAGGGGGCUAUGGAGGGUGCUUUCGAGGGGGAGAGUAGCGAUGAGAGCAGUGGGAGUGAGGGGGAGAUGGAGGAGGUUGAGAGGGGGUAUGAGGCUGAUACUGAGGCGACGAGCGAGGUUCUUGGUCGGGGCCUUUUGGUCAAUGGCCAGGCCGAUGAGGUCAAUGUCAACGGUCAGGUCAAUCAGGUCGAUGACCUAGUCAACGAUCACGCCAAUGGUUCCGCGAAUCCUCCUGCCAAUGGUCAAAUCAACGAUCAAGCCAAUGUCGACCUGCAACCCCGCGGAUUGAGGCUAUUGAGACAUGUCGGUGGACACAUCAACGGAAUCACAGACAAAGAACUACCGGCCUUACCAUCAGAGGACGAGAAGAUGUGA